GCCCCCCCGCUGCAGCCAAGUCUGUUGACUCGUUGCAGAGGCAGUCUCAGCCAUGGUCGUUCGACAUGUGGUCUCUGGGAUCCAUCCUCCUGGAGAUGGCCCUGGGCACCCCUCUGUGGCUCUCCUACAAGUGCCGGGUGGCUUCGGACCAGCGCAACAACGCGGCAGGUCUGGGGCUCUUCGCUGUUCCUGGCCGGGAUCCUGAGAAGAUCCUCCUGCGGCAGGCCGACGCCAUUUGCCAGCGCGGGCUUGCAGCGGUACUUCGGGGAGCACCGGGCGUGCCUUUGGAAGGCGGCGGGGAGUUUAAUGGACUGGACCUCCUGGAACGGAUGAUGGCCUGG